AUGGUGACAUUCGAAGCAGGCUAUACCCCUGUGACAGAAGCGGAAAACAAAAAAACCCUCGACAUCUUCAAGAAGCGGAUCGUGUUCGAACAAUGCGUGGUUCGAAGCGAAUGA